AUGCUGGGGCCGGACCUCGUCGGCGCAGUCUCCAAUGGACGGUUGCUUUUCGGCUUCGCGCUGGGCCUGAUCCUCUGGCGGGCCGCGGUGGCCGCCUACAACUUCUUCCUGCACCCGCUACGGCGGUUUCCGGGGCCGAUGUUCGCGACGCAGAAGCUGCACGAGCGGUACGGGCCCGUGGUGCGCAUCGCGUCGGGCUACCUCUCCUUCACCGACGUGCGCGCGUACAAGGACAUCUACGGGUCUCUGGCGGUGCGGAGCAAGACCAACAGCAACGGGCCCGCUCUCGAGAUGCCCAAGGCGGCCGCCUUUUACGAUCCCAUCGACGACGUCCCAACUGUCAUCGUCAACGCCGGCCGCGAGGAGCACCAGCGCGUGCGCCGCGCCGUGUCGCAGGGCUUCUCCGAGGCCGCGCUGCGCCAGUACGAGCCCGUCAUCGGCAGGUACGUCGGCCAGCUGCUCCGCCAGAUGCACGAGCGGUCCGGCGCGCCGCUUGACUGCGCGGCGUGGUACAUGUGGGCGACGUUCGACAUCGCGGCCAAGCCCGUCUUCGGCAAGCCGAUAGGCUGCUUGGACGCGUGCGCCUACCACCCACCGGUCGUCCAGCUCCUCUUCCGAACUUUUGGCCAGCUCGCCAUGACCAGACACAAGGCGUUCACCGACUCGAUGGUGCACCACCGUCUCGCCACCGACAAGGGCAGGAAUGACUUGCUCGGGACGCUGAUCAGCGAGGGGUCUGGCGGCCAACGCCUUCGUUUUCAUGUUGGCCGGGUCCGAAACAUGGCCGCGGCGCUCUCGGGCAUCAUGUAUCUGCUGCUGACCAACCCAGGGGCGCUGGCCAGGCUGCGAGAGGAAGUGCGCUCGACGUUCAGCAGCGCCGCCGAGAUCAAGAUCGGCCCCGUAUCCAAGCUGCCGUGCCUGUCUGCGGUGCUGAGCAAGGGCCUCCGCGCGUAUCCGCCGCAGCCGACGGACCUGGUGCGGGUCGUGCCGGCGGGCGGCGGGGUGAUCGCAGGCCAUUCUGUUGCUGGAGGGGUCCAACCGUGGUCCAUCAGCCACAGCAGGGACCACUGGGCAGCCCCGAGGCCUUCACCUGAGCGCUUCCUGGCCAGUGACGACGAGGCGCGCCGGGCAGGCAACCGGCUCGAGGCGUUGCAGCCGUUCAGCUCCGGGCCCAGGAGCUGCAUUGGACGGCCGCUCGUCUAUGCCGAGAUGCGCCUGAUUCUCGCGCGGAUCAUGUUCGAAAUCGACGACAUGAAGCCCCACGACGCAGACACUAGCAGCAGCGACUGGAUCCGCCCGCUGCGCGGAUAUCCGCUAUGGGAUCGGCCGCCGCUCAAGGUGCGCUUCACCAUCAGAACCUAG